AUGCCUGCUAGUGCCAUUGCACCAGUGUCAACAAUGGUUGGAGGCAUGCCCCAGAUAGUCUCACCCAUGAUGGGAUACUACCAACAAGCUGCCAUGCCCUUCCAACAACAAUCAACAUCAUCGGCAGCACCCUCCGCCAACCAAUAUAUCAAUGUACAUUAUGUCCAACAAGCGAUACCCCAACAACAUGCCGCUCAAACAUACAUUUAUGAUCAACAGUCACAGAUCUGUAGUCAACCAUUAUAUAUUCAACAACAACAACAACAACAACAACAACAACAACAACAACAACAACAACAACAACAACAACAACAACAACAACAACAACAACAACAAAUGUAUAAUAUGCAGGUACAACAACAACAACAACAACAAACAAUUCGCAAGGAGUCACCAAUAUCUAGUCCACUACUCCAACAUGCCUUUGCCAACAAUGGUAGUGCACCAGUGUCGCCAAUGGCUAAGUUUAUUCCCAAGUUUUCCCUUCCACUUCACCAGCUGAACAAUGUCCAGCAACAAUCAGUCAGUGCACCCCAAUCACCAAAGGCCUCACUCAAGAAGUCCUCCACCUACUCCCCGAGAUCAGCCAACAAGGCCAAGCUUUCACCUAGAUUGUCCACCCAUCCAAUCACCGUCUCACCUUCAUCGAUCAAGUCUGGACUGAGUAAUUCAUCCUCGGCUCUCUUUAUCAACUCGACCAUUGCAUCGCAACAUCAACACCAGCAAUCACAGCUGGCACCAUCAUCCACAUCGUCCACACCCCGCACCCCUCCCGAGAUGGGUGGCGCACUGUCGGACCCAAGCAAUGGAACACCCCGUUGUAUGUCGUCGGCCAACACAUCGCCACAACAACACUCACCUACCUUUGUCACUGUGCCCGUGCCCAACUCGGUUCACCCAUCCCCAUUGUCAGCCUCGAUGGAAGAGUUCCCUCAGAUAUGUCCAGUAUCCAAUCAGAAUCCGCAACAGACAAUGAUCGAAGUGAUACCUGAUAUCCAAGCAGUUUCUCAGCCGAUGAGUCUCUGCGCAGACCUUGCCACACCGAGCGCCUUCACCUGCACCAGUUGCUUUGGCCUCAUUGAUUCCACCAGCCUGCUGACAUGUAUCAAUUGCCAGACACCCUUCCACCGCUACUGCAUCCUUAACGAUCAAAUAUCCCAACAGUGGGUUUGCCUCACUUGCCAGACUUUCCAGACUGACUGCAGCUUCAUGGGUGUACCAACAUCCAACUGGUUGUCGAUUGAUGUCAAUCAACCAGCCCAACAAGUGCCCAUGUUCAUGACUGCCGACUGCUCAUCAAGCGAGCACUCUGACAACUCUGUGUACAAUUCCGACACUGAGGCUGGAAAGAUGGCAAAUCACACCAUGAAUGAUGAUGAGGAGCUGGAAGAGGAAGAUGAGGAGUAUGAUGACGAUGAGGAGUAUGAUGACGAUGACGAGUCCAAAUCCAAAGAGACAAAGUCCAAGGGCCACUGGAUCAAAGAUGAAGAUGAGAAGCUUCGUGUACUCGUUGAGAAGUACGGAACCAAACGUUGGAAGUACAUCGCCGGUCUUCUGUGUCUACGCAAUGGUCGUCAGUGUCGUGAGCGUUGGUCCAACCAAUUAGACCCAUCAAUCAAGCGCGAUGCUUGGACGCUAAACGAGGACAAGAUCAUCCUUGAGGCUCAUGCCAAGUAUGGCAACAAAUGGGCAGAGAUCUCCAAGCUGCUACCAGGCCGUACCAACUGUGCCAUCAAGAACCACUGGAACUCCACAAUGAAGCGCAAGAUCCUAAAGCGCGAGUAUGACAUCUCGUUGCUGGCACUCGAAUCUCCUCAUCUGCUGGCCGAAUACAACCUUAGCCAGUCCACCGGUAGCCAUACACCAGUGAUUGCCACAGCAUAUGACAGCCAGUCACUCCUACUCUCACGCUCCAUCGAUCAGAUGCACCUCAAUUCACCAAGGGAGCACCAUUCCCCUCUGAAGAAGGCGCUUGAACAUGCACCAUGCUACAUCUGCGAGUGUAUCACCUUUAUCCCAUCGACACGUGGUCAAGACAUGAAGCCACAUGUGCUCACCCAGGAGCACUGUAGCUUCUUUGACCUUGCCAUCCCCACCAUCACUGCCGAUAAGCCAUACUGUAUCUGCCAAUCACAUCUCAACUCCUACCUAAGAAGAAAGAGCAAUGCCAAUGGCGUUUCAUCGAUUCCAACAUCGGCCGACCAUCACCACCAGCGCCUGCAACAGGAUGAAGUACUUGUAGAGAUGCGUCGUCGACGCGAGUGGCCAGACCUUGUCGACAUCCUGUCAAUGAAGAAUGAGAACACCAAGAGUGACACGCUAAAGAUCGACCUGCAGGUGUUGUACGAGACACUUUUGGAGACCAGCACGAUGCCAAUCGAGAUGUGCUACCAGAAACUGUAUGAGGUAUUCAACAUCAAGGCCAAGGGCAAGAAGUCACCUGUCGAGACUGCUACUGGUGGCUCAUCACCAACGACCAACAGGUUGUCAUCUUCAUCCGAUUGUGAUCUGUUGGCAGUCAACAAGAAGUUGAUCAAGAACAAUAUCAAGUUCAAGAUCAAGAAUCUGUUGGUCACAUUCCCUCACCUCAACUACUACGGCACCAACAAGGAGUUCCAACUUCAACGUCUGCAGAAGGUACCCGAGAUCCUCCUUGUCAAAGACAAUGCGCAUCUCAAGAACCUGUUCCUUGAAGCCUAA